AUGGAACAACUGGACACAGCUCGUCAACACGUAGAGGUCGGACGGUAUCAGUUGGCUUUCAAUGCCUACAAGACAUCUUUAAUUGCCUUGAAAGAAGAGUUAAAGCAGGACUCAGAUGGAGAAAGAACUAAACAGUUGAUUGAAGUAGGUCUAGCAUUUGUGAUAUUGCUGAGUUUUGUUUUUAGCUAGUCCGGAUAGUGGAAAAGGAAUAUGAAACACUUCAAAUGCUGAUUAAUGAAUCUAAGAACAUUCCUAUGUUGCCCCAGACUCCAGAAACCCCUUCAGAUCCUAUGGUGUGGGCGACACCAAAGCCGAACAAGAUAACGAUGUCCCGCAUUACUAAACCUCCAGUUCCAACACAAAAGAAAGCAACCGGUACAAGGUCUGCCCCUCGAAAAACCUAUGGGUCCACUUCAUCCGCUCCAAAAUCUAUCAACGACACUCCAAAGGCGGGUAUUCGACGAAUAAACUCCCAACCUCGGUUGGCUGAUGUAUCCUACAAUUCUGUGCUUACCGAGAAUAAGGAUAGCGAUGUAGAGAAUGGAGAGAAAGUAUUCGAUUCUAGCAUGUACGAUCGAGAGUUGGUACAGUUGGUUGAGAGAAGUGUUAUCCAAAGAAAUCCGAAUGUUACUUGGAAUGAUAUCUCCGGUCUCGAAAACACGAAGAAAACACUAACGGAAGCCGCUUUAUUGCCUCAGAUAUUUCCUACAUACUUCAAGGUAAAUACAUACAAUUAUUUAUUUGAUGUUUUAGGGAAUCCGCCGUCCAUGGAAAGGAGUUUGUCUGUUUGGACCUCCGGGAACAGGAAAGACUAUGUUGGCAAAAGCUGUGGCCACCGAAUGUAAAUCCACUUUCUUUGCCGUGUCGGCUUCUACUUUCGCGUCAAAAUGGCGCGGAGAUGGCGAGAAACUUGUACGAUUGCUAUUUGAGAUGGUAUGUGUACUAAUGGGUGACUAUACGUAUGGGUUGGGCUUUUACGAGUCAGAACGUACGAAGUAGCCUUUACGGGUUAGAACGUACGGAGUCGGGGCGCCUACGGGAAAAGCUAAAUACCGGGGUUCCGGGUCCCGGGGGAAUAAAUAAUUAUAAAAAUAUCUUAUAAAAUACUAGAAAUGGUUGAAAAGAAGGUAGUUCCGCACGCUGAAUCCGAAAAUAAUUGUGACCGUUUUUGUCCCCAGGCCGGUUUUGAAACUAAAGACGGGUUUGUCCUUUGAACGUUCUUGUCUUCAGACCGAUUUUUUCCCCAAGUCGAUUGUGGCUGGGCACAUUGCGCAUCGCUCUUCGUUGAUCGUGCUUAUCUCCUGGGGCUGCCUGCUCUUCCACGUUGGCUCGAGAAUUUUAAAAGAAAAAAGCAGACUGAAUGCGCCUUACUUUUUUCCAUCCAUAGUUGCAAUACCAUUUUUCACAAGUAUCUCUCCAAAAAGUAGAAUUUUCUCAAAAGUUUUCUUUUCGGAUUUCUUAUUUGUAAAUAUGAGUAAAUAACAGAUUUUAUAAGAAAAGCAAAGUGGGUUCCGCUUUUUUAACUUAUAGGAAAAAAUUCAAAAAGUCCCAUUUUUACUCUACUCCGUAAAAGAAAAAUGUAAAAAUCAAAAAAUGGAUAACAUUUUCGAAAUUAAGAGCAGUAAAUUUCUUCAGAUGAUACUGCUAAGCUUAUUUUGUCUUUUUUCCGGUUCGGGAAAGAAGUUUCACUAUUCCGUUAUUCCGGAAGUGUAUAAAAGUGAGGACAAAAACGUCACAAACGCCAAAAAUCACAGUAAUUUUCGCCGUAUUCUUUUCCCCGUAUGUUCAGCCGCGUAAGGGCUCACCUCGUACGGGCAUGUUUCCUUAUAAUGCAGAUUGAUACGAUAUCAUUAGGCUCGUUUCCAUGCUCCCUCAACAAUUUUCAUCGAUGAAUUGGACACGCUUUGUUCAAAAAGAGGUUCCGAUAGUGAACACGAAGCCUCCAAACGUAUGAAGGGAGAGCUUCUCGUUCAAAUCGAUGGUAAGUUGUUGUCAAUUAAAUUGGUUGUAUCCGAAGAGAGCAUCUGGGGAAGAGUGAACGUUGAGGAAAAAAGAUAUGGCAAGGGGAGGCCAAGACGGAUUUUGAACAAAAUUGCUACCAAAAGAAAACUUUAUAAUUUAUCUUCAACAUUGAUUUUUUUGAGGUAUAGCCAAAAUUUCUUUGUUAAAAAACGCACCUUCGGGUCCCGUUUUAUUUAUAUUAUAAUUUAAAAAAUUCGUUUUGAUCCCAUCUUACCAUGUCAUUUUUUUUGGCAAACCAAAAAAAUAAUUCUUAACAAAACGGCCUUGGUGCCCUCUGCGCCUAGAUGCCCUCUUCGUUAGGUGCCUUCUUCGGGCCAAAUCAAUUGAAUUUAUUUAUUACUUAGGUAUGGGUGACGAAGAUGAUCGUUCAGUGCUUUUGUUGGCUGCAACUAAUUGUCCGUGGGAAUUAGAUGAGGCUUUCAGAAGACGACUGGAGAAGAGGAUAUAUGUUGGAUUACCAGAUAAGGCUACUCGAUUAAUACUUUUGAAGAAUUGUCUGUGCAAUGUCAAAUUGGGGGAAGAUGUGAAAUUGGAUGAGUUGGCAGCGAAGACUGAAGGGUAUUCUGGAGCUGAUAUUACCAAUCUUUGCCGAGAUGCUGCUCUCCAACCGAUGAGGGAAUGUCUGGAUAACCUUGAGGAUUAUAAAGCUGCAGGAGAACAGUUAUCUGCCAGUUUUUUGGAGGAAAAGCCAAUUAAAAUGUCCCAUUUUAACAGCGCUAUGAAGCGGGUAAAGUCGUCUUGUAGUCCGGAUACUAUCAAGAAGUACAAAGAAUGGGAGAGAUUGUUUGGAGCUGUCUAA